UCGGAGUGGGCUCCCUUCCAACGGAAGACAUGCAACUCCAGCUUUCCCCUCGCCGUCAGAAAGCGGUGCGAUGAGCAAUGAGUCGCCUUCCUCUGCUUCCACCUCCGACGCGUUUUGAAGUCGAACACUACGGCGAAAGUCGACCAGUCACUUAUUUCGUUGGCUAUUUUUUUUUUUUGGGGGGGUGGAAAAUGAAUUGAAAGACCGCAUCGAACUGCUCGGACAUGGAUCUUCAACUGAUUGUGUGGCUCAUUUACUGCUUUUGUCUGCCAGUCGUCUUGCUAACAGCUUGUCUUCUUCGCUACAACAUACUGUCCCUGGUUUACUUUGUUUACCUUUUGUUGCUGCCAUGGUUUCUGUGUCCCAACAAACACACCAUAAGAGGACAUACAGGCCAUUUCAUCAGAGCAAUAUUCUGUUCCAGUCUACUUUUUAUUCUUGCUCAUGUCUGCUUCCAGACAAUACUAUACACGUAUCCUCCUUUCAACAUUGCUAUUGGUGACAACUGUUCGCACGUGGAGAUCAUAUCGAGACAUAUAGGACUGUCCAGGCUUCCACUGGAGGAUCCUUGGACUGUAUUACGCCUUCUGUGUCCUGACCUUGUGCUGUGUGGGAUUUCUUUGGUAACCAUCAUCCUUUGCAGAAGAUUGGUCACGAACCGAGAAAUAUUGGCUCCGGCCAAUAUUACAACAAUGCGAGAUGAAGGAACCGAUGACGAGAAUGAAAUCGAGGAAGAAUCAGAGGAUGAGGAUGAGGAUGAAGGAGGAUCAUUUCCCGGUGACGCCACUCAUGACUUGUCAACUGCAACAUUAGCCAAGCAGCUGGCUGAACGUCUGAAGGCCGUAGUCCAUAAAGUACUGCUGGACCUUGGGAGAAUCUUUGCCAUUAGCCUACUUGCUCUGGCUGGAAUCACAUUGCCGUCUGCUUUCUCAGCCAUCUACUUCCUGCUCUUCAUUGGUGUCAGCACAUGGUGGGCAUGUCACCUUCCAAUUAGCCAUCUGGGUUUCAACACUCUGUAUGUGAUGGUCGGCUUCUUCACUGCUGGCCACCUUGUUUGUCUGUACCUAUACCAGUGUCUUCUGGCCCAAGUUCUUUUCCCACCACACAGUCUGUGGGCAAGGCUCUUCGGUCUGAAGGACAUUAUCAAACCUGGAAACUGCUCUACACCAUAUGACUUCAACUUUAAUGCUGAAUAUGACUGGCCAGUUUAUAUCAACCCAGGAAUACUCUUCCUUCUUUACAUUAUCUCAGCAAUGGUUCUGAAAACAGGAUGUCAUGGAACACUUCACCAGGAUGAAGACAAGCAGCAGCAGCUCAAAACUGCAAAUGAGGAGGAGAUGGUGGAGUUGAGCUCCUGGAAUCAAAAGAGUGAUGACUGUGAAGAUGACACGCAGCUCAUGGUCCUGUGUGUGGGAACAGAGCACAGUCGGGAAGAAACUGUUGCUGAAGAAGGUCCACCACAACUUGGUUUUGGUCUUGCAACUGGUGGUCAACCGACUGAAAGCCAAUUUUUAAUGCUGGGAAAGAUGGUCAUGCAGCAGAGUUAUGUCUGUGCUCUGAUAGCAAUGAUGGUUUGGAGCAUCACGUACCACAGCUGGCUGACAUUUGUGCUACUGCUUUGGGCUUGCCUCAUCUGGAUUCUGCGCGCUAGACGACAUGCAGCCAUGCUGUGCUCUCCGUUUAUCUUGGUCUAUGGUCUGGCACUGUGUUGUCUCCAGUAUAUAUGGGCCAUGGAGCUUGCGCCUGAACUGCCUACCACCGUGGGAACCAUUAGUCUCAGACAGUUAGGGCUACAUAAAGCCCAGUACCCCUGUCUGAGACUGGGAGCUAUGCUCCUGUUCACUUCAACCUUCUGGCUUUUAGUACAUCAGUCAGUUAAGGAAAACUUCAGCAAGAGGAGAUCAAGGGCAACGCCACUAGAAGUGACUGCAACAGAGCUCGAGUCCACAAAUGAUGAAUCCGUGCUAAAGGUCCUGGGAGGCAUGGUGCUGAGUUUUUAUGCCAAAUAUUGGAUCUAUGUGUGCGGUGGCAUGUUCCUCAUGGUCUCUUUUGUGGGAAAACUUGUUGGAUACAAGAUCGUCUACAUGCUGCUUUUCCUGCUCUGCCUCUGUUUUUAUCAGGUAUACUAUUCUAUCUGGAGGCGUCUUUUGAAGCUCUUCUGGUGGCUUGUUGUGGCCUACACCAUGUUGGUGCUGAUCUCCAUCUACACAUACCAGUUUGAAGACUUCCCUGAUUAUUGGAGGAAUUUUACUGGACUCACAGAACAACAGCUUGCGGCAAUCGGUCUGGAGACGUUUGCCCUCUCAGAGCUCUUCACUAAUAUUCUGAUCCCUGGAUUCUUCCUGCUGGCCUGUAUUCUGCAGCUACACUAUUUCCACAAACCCUUCAUGAGAAUCACUGACCCCGAACAUGUUACACCAAUUCACCGAAAACGCAGCUGUGACCAGACCGGUUCAACUCAUGUUGGAAUGGUCUCCGACUUGGAAGAAGUGUUAACCGAUAUUAUCGAUGAAUCGGACAAUAAAGCGGAAUUUCUGCCCAGCAAGUGGGGUCUGGUGAUGGACAGAUUACUGGUUCUGUUCAAAAAGUUCUCAGACAUGAUCACCAAAGGUCAAGUCAUUCUCUGGACUCUUCUGGAGCUUCACAUCAUUAAAAUGGUGGCGUUCUACGCUGUGUGGGUUGCACUUGAAGAGCCAUCUGUGUUUAACCUGGUCCUGGUGGUGCUGUGGUCUUUGGCCAUGCCAUUUAGUCGCUUCAGACCGAUGGCUUCCAGUCUGUCCACAAUUUGGGUGUGUGUCAUCAUCAUGUGUAAAAUGCUGUACCAGCUUAGUGUUGUGAGCCCUACUGAGUACUCCAACAACUGCAGUUUGCCACUUUUAAAUGAAACCAACCUUUCAAAAAUGGAAAUAAUGAACUCAUCCCUGUAUAAGGGACCAGUGGACCCUGCCAAAUGGUUUGGCGUCAGGAAGGAACCUACGGUACUGGACUAUAGCAAGAACCAUUUAGUAGUGCUGCUGUUGUUGGUGUUCGAGGCGACGGUGUAUCGUCACCAGGCCCACCACUAUCGUCAGCUGCAACGAUCUCCCUCAAACAUACCUGCUCUGUUCCCAGAAGUCACGAGGAACACUUUAGACCAAGGCCUCAUACCCUGCUUCAAGUACCUGCUGAACUACACUUUCUACAAGUUUGGAUUAGAGAUAUGCUUCCUGAUGACUGUGAAUGUGAUUGGACAACGGAUGAACUUCUUGGUGAUAAUCCAUGGUUGUUGGUUGGUAGCCAUCUUGGUGAGGCGACGUCGGGCAGCUAUUGCAAGGAUAUGGCCAAGAUAUUGUGUCUUUCUGGCCAUCUUCAUGAUCUAUCAAUAUAUACUGUGUGUGGGUAUACCACCUGUUCUUUGUAAAGAUUACCCAUGGCGGUGGAACACCCCACUUUUAAUGAACUCGGCUCUUAUUAAAUGGCUUUAUCUGCCAGACUUCUACACUGUGCCUAACUCCAAAAACCUGAUAGUGGACUUUGUUCUUCUGAUUUGUACAUCCCAGCAGUGGCAAGUGUUUAGGUGUGAGCACGUGGAGGAGUGGGUGGUUCUGGCUGGAGACAAUACAGACAACCCCGAUCCGAUGGAAGGUCGACUGUUUAAUCCUGCACCUAACUUCGUCAACUGCAGGUGUUACCUGGACAUGGCUAAGGUUUUGGUUUUUCGCCACUUAUUCUGGUUUGUACUGUCAGUGGUCUUCCUCACUGGGGCGACACGGGUCUCGGUGUUUGGACUGGGAUACCUUCUCUCUUGUUUUUUUUUGUUGCUAUUUGGGACCCAACUAUUGGUCAAACCCUCCAGGACACGUCUUGCCAUGUGGGAUUGUCUCAUCAUCUAUAAUGUGGCAGUCAUCAUCUCAAAAAAUAUUCUAUCAAUUCUGGCAUGUGUGUUUGUUUUCGAAAUGCAGAAGGGCUUUUGUUGGAUGAUCCAACUCUUUAGUUUAGUCUGUACAGUCAAAGGAUACUACGAUCCAAACCGAAUUAGUGACAAGAACUGUAGCCUCCCAAUAGAGGAGGCUGGGAUCAUCUGGGACAGUAUUUGUUUUCUCUUCCUGUUGCUGCAGAGAAGGGUUUUCCUCAGUUUCUAUUUCAUUCAUGUCGUAGCAGAAUUGCAGGCGUUCCGCAAACAGGCCUCAAGGGGGUUUGAGCUCUUCAAAGCCACCAUAAUGAAAAACAUUAAAUCACACCAACAGGCUGAGAUAAAAUCCUUAUCCCAGCUCAAGAGAUCAAUGCACAGAAUCCGCUCCAGACAGCAGAGGUACAGGGAUGGACAUAAAGGGAUUGAAGAAGACAAUCCGAGUCAAAGCGCAGAAAUGAGGACGGAGAGAAAAAAGGAGAGCUUUUCUCAACCAUGGCUGGACCAUGCAACAGUUCUGCAUUCAGGAGGGUACGACCUGUUUGAAUCAGACAGUGAGGGUGAACAUGAACUGUUGUCAGAGGAACACAAGCCUCAGAAGCAGACCGCCUAUCAGUUGGCUUAUCAAGCAUGGGUGAACAACGUGAAAAGAGCUCUGAAAGAGCAUCAAGGGAACCGAAGACAACAGAGAAGAUUUGAAACCGUCGAGGAUGAGAGUUCCACACCGCAGACAUCACAAGAGGAGGCUUGCUCAGUGACAGGCUCAGAGGAGAAUGAUGUGUUCGAAGAUCCUCAAUUGAAGGAGCCGGAGGAGUUUGGUCAUGGCGAGAUUGUUCAGAGGAUGUUGGAUAUCAUACGUUUCUUAUGGGCCAUAGUACUAGCCAUCAUGGAUGGAUUGACCCAGUGGCUUAACCUGCUGACGAAACAGUACAGGGAAACAUCGGCUGUUCUGUGCAAUGAACGCUACUUUUUCAUACACAAGAUACAGCAAUCUCAAACCCCAUUAGACUCGACGACUGACCAAUCUCAAGGAAGUGAUAGUCCCACACUGGAUACUUAUUUGAUACAAACUGAGACAGAGUCCCCAACUCAAUACAGCCUCUUGGAGGAGACCCAUAUUGUGGAGGACUUGUCUCCUUCUAGACCAGGACUCAACAGAACUACAAACCUCUUGAGUCCUGAACUCCCGCUUGGCAGCAAUGACCUGAUACCUGAUACCCAAUCCAUACAACAACGCAGACAUUCCAGAACAGCCAGUGAAGUGCUGGGAGACAGGCACUAUUUUAUUGAAGAGCUGGAACAGAGCAUAAUGUUCUACAACAACCAAAACCGUGUGCUGAAGCUCUUGUUCGCCACACACAGUCUGCUGGCAGCCAACUCUGAGCUAGUUUGUUAUUUUAUUAUAAUAUGGAAUAAUGUGGUCAGUGCCUCAGUGAUAUCACUGGUGUUGCCGAUUAUGGUCUUUCUAUGGGCUAUGUUGACUGUUCCAAGACCAACCAAAAACUUUUGGAUGACUGCCAUUGUCUACACAGAGGUGAUGGUGGUGGUAAAAUACCUUUUUCAGUUUGGAUUUUUCCCCUGGAACAGUCUUUAUGAGAUGACUUUAAAUGAAGACAAGCCUUUCUUUCCACCUCGCAUCCUCGGUUUGGAGAAGACGGAUACCUACGUAAGAUAUGACCUCCUUCAACUACUGGCUCUCUUCUUCCAUAGAUCCUUGCUCAUGCGUUAUGGCUUGUGGGACCACAAAGACCCUUUGGGGGAACAAAGUAACUCAUCAGGGAAUGGCAAGGAGGAAAGAGUCAAUAACAGAGGAGACAGAUUGAACUCAGCGUCUACCACAGAAAACCUAAAUAUUACUGACCUAGAACAACUUGAAAAGCCCUUUCCAGCUGACUCAUCGGCAUCCCAGGACAGAAGAGAAAGUAUGUCUGGGCUGAAUCAUCCAAGAAGGCUGAAAAAGGAUGAAAUGAGUGGGCGCAAUGAAGAAGACUUCGAGGAAAUCACACAGAAAAGCUGUGGCCUCCACUUACGCAAGAAACCUAAAGAGCUUAAAAAACAUACCUCCCAAGUGAAACCCACUGCUGAGAAGACAGAUCCCAGCAAAGACCUAACAGCAAAGAAGAGGAAAUUCAGAAGGAAAGAAGGAGCCACAAAUAGAAUACAGACUGUCAGACGCAAGCUUAAACAAGCCUUUAUUUGUGGGAUUUUGGGAGUUUACAGGUCUAUUCAGGGUUUCUUCAUUGAUAUUCUCCAAGGUGAUUAUCGUGUUGCCACUGAUGUCUACGCACUCAUGUUCCUGACUGAUGUUAUUGACUUCAUCAUCAUUGUGUUUGGAUUUUGGGCUUUCGGGAAACACAGUGCAGCAGCUGAUAUUGCCUCCACCUUGUCAGAGGACCAGGUUCCAGAAGCAUUUCUGGUGAUGCUUCUCAUCCAGUUCACCACCAUGAUCAUCGACAGAGCUUUGUACCUGCGUAAAGCUGUCCUGGGGAAACUCAUUUUCCAGGUUGUUCUUGUGUUUGGGAUACACCUGUGGAUGUUCUUCAUCCUACCUGCUGUCACUGAAAGGAGAUUCAAUCAGAACUUUGUGGCCCAGCUGUGGUACUUCGUCAAGUGUAUUUACUUUGCCCUGUCAGCGUACCAGAUCCGUUGUGGGUACCCUACUCGUAUUCUUGGCAACUUCCUCACCAAAAAUUACACCCACCUAAACUUGUUUCUCUUCCAAGGUUUUCGUCUGGUUCCCUUCCUUGUAGAGCUGCGAGCAGUAAUGGACUGGGUUUGGACAGAUACCACUCUGUCUCUCUCCAACUGGAUGUGCGUGGAAGACAUUUAUGCAAACAUUUUCAUCAUCAAAUGCAGCCGUGAAACAGAGAAGAAAUAUCCCCAGCCUAAAGGGCAAAAGAAAAAGAAGAUGGUGAAAUAUGGAAUGGGUGGACUCAUCAUCAUCUUCUUGGUGUGCAUCAUAUGGUUCCCCCUGCUCUUCAUUUCACUGGUCAGAUCUGUGGUUGGUGUUGUAAACCACCCCAUUGAUGUCACUGUUACUGUCAAGCUAGGAGGAUAUGAGCCUAUCUUCACCAUGAGUGUCCAGCAGCAGUCCAUCCAACCCUUUACAGACGUGCGAUACGAAAAACUCACCAAAACGUUUGGGAACAAUGCGGUAGCCAUGCAGUUCAUUUCACUAUAUGGUUAUGAGGACAUUGUUACAGCCGUGAUUGAAGGCAGUUCAGGCUCAGUCUGGAGAAUAAGCCCUCCGAGCAGACAGGAAGUCAUAAAAGAACUGCUCGGAAGCCCUGCUGACCUAACAUUGCGUCUGUCGUGGAAUUUACAAAGGGACCUGGGGAAAGGAGGGACUGUGGAGCACACAUUUGACAAGCACUCAAUUGACCUGGAACCUGGGAACCCCGUGAGGGCCGAUCUCGCUUCUCUUCUGCUGGGCAAUCGCACUAAGGCAGUGCAUGUUCCAAAUUUGUUUCCAAAUUACAUCCGGGCCCCCAAUGGAGCAGAGGCCAAACCAGCCAGUCAACUAUAUGAAGGAAAUGAAGAAAGCUACCAGAAUAUAACCCUGUCGCUGAUGAGCGACGAUUCAUUGAACUCCAGUGGAAAACAGGAAUGGUGGGACAUCGCCAUUGGAGGCUGUGCCCCUUCUUCAUGUGGGGUUUUGUCCAUGAUCAUAUUCAACGACAAAGUCAGUCCUCCCAGUCUUGGCUUCCUGGCUGGAUAUGGGAUCAUGGGUUUGUAUGUGUCUGUGGUCCUGGUCAUUGGAAAGUUUGUACGAGGCUUCUUCAGUGAGAUCUCUCACUCCAUCAUGUUUGAGGAGCUUCCCUGUGUAGACCGCAUACUGAAGCUUUGUAUGGACAUCUUCCUGGUGCGUGAGACCGGAGAGCUGGAGCUGGAAGAGGAGCUAUAUUCAAAACUCAUCUUCCUUUAUCGAUCGCCCGAAACCAUGAUCAAAUGGACCAGGGACGUCCGCAGCCAAGACAGACAUUGACGCACUAACUGGUUGUGUCGGACUGAGAUGCAAAGCUGUUGGCCGACACGACAUAGGAAGAAUGAACAACGGCAAACCAUUUACAUACGCAAAGUUUAAAGAUUGUUAAUAACCGUAAUGAAUACAGGAUGUAAACUGUAAACCGUACCAUGUUGGAAAUUCCUACGAUAACCCAGGCAAAUGUUUUGAGUUGAUUUGAAGCACCCGCUAUAUUCUUGUAUUGCGCUACAAACAACAUGGCGCAAUUGUCAAGGAAAAGUAGAUUGCCCUUGCCACUGUAGCGACAUUCUUCCAUUGGCGGAGAAUACAGAGAGGGAAGAGCAAGAGGAAAGCAGGGACUGUGCAAAGCCUCACAUUCUUUUUCAUGACAAAAACAUUUUUGAAUUUGUCAAUGUCUCGAGGUUUCAAGAGCUUGAAACCUUGCAAAUAGCUCCGAGAUGUAUCUGGAGGCGUGUUCAAUCCUGCCUCAUCAGGGGUUUUGGUCGACACAGUGAAUACAAACGCAACACUUGCGCCCACAGAAAGUGCAGUUGGCUACAUCACAAAAGAAAUGCUGCCCUUUAAUACUGUUUCAUUUCAAAUGAAGCAAACUGUUUGACAAACAGUACGCAACAUCUGUGAGGGAAUAUGUCACAAAGGGCAAUCCGCAACUAUACAACAGAGUGAAAGAUUACAUAUUGCAUUUGUAUUUAUUUAUAUUACAUUUUUUUAUUGAGUUACAUAUGAGACCAGCAUUACCACAUAUACAAAUAUAUAUCAGAAGAAAGUUAGGAAUUGUUAGAACCAGUGAAAAUGCACCAAUUUCUGGUCAAUGUCUUGAAUACAAAGGCAAUAUGAGUCGA